AUGAGUCAAGAACGCAGUGCCUCGGUUGUGAUCAAGAACGACAGCAUCAACACGUACUUUGCGUACCGGGCGCUGUUCAAGCUCGAAGGCGUCGUGAACGAGUCGACGGGAUGGCAGAUGGUGAAGCCGCAAGGCACGAGCACCGCCGCCAAAAUCGUCUUCUACACCGGACUGCAGGGCAUCAACUGCGAGUGGCGUCUGCAGGGAAUCAAGUACACCCUCGCCAAGGACCGUGAGUUCUCGAGCGCACCGUCGUCGUCGCCAACAUCUUGAGAGUGUUCGCAUUUCAGAGCAAGACCCACUGGCGAUCUCGUUCGACGGACAGAGGCUGACCGUCGAGGAAGUGUUCAUUCCGGACAAGAACCAGUGGCUGCAGCACAACCUCGCCGACGGCGACAACAACGGCACGAUCCAGGUGGUCGGCGCGUUCCCGCAGAUCAAGAUCAUCUCCAACGGAGCCACGACCACUCACCUCUUCAAGCGCGCCGAUUUGUAG